AUGAAUAAAUUAUUUCGUUUUGCAAAAGUGAUUGCAAGAUCAAUUUAUAAACCUGCUUAAAAAACUCUCUAUAGGAUUCCACAGAUUAAGCAAGUUCUUAAUGAUGAUCACCGUUAGAAAUACUAGUUUAAUACACUGGCAUUUUAGUAAUUUUUUUAUAAAUAUUUCUAGAAAUCACUUACAGUUGAUUUAAGUCUAGAAUUAAGAACAAAUUAAAUAAAAAUUCUAAGUUGGCCUGUCGGAAUUAGGUAAUUAAUUUAUAACUAAUUCUAGCCAAAAUAAAUGCUUAGCUAUUGAAGUAAACAAAUUAUGUCAGGUUUGCUGGGGACUUUAGUCCUUGUGUUAAUCCUGAAUAGUUUAUUCAUGCACUGUAGAUUUAUAGAUAAGGGGCUUUGGCUUAGUUCUAUAGCAUUGACGAUUUAGAGACCAUUAACAGUGUUUAUCAAUCAGACUCCGAAUUUGAGUUUUAGGAUAGCCAAAUAUUAUGAAUAACCUAUCA